CGUAACGAUACGUAUACGCAAACACACACGUACGUAUGUACAUACAAACCAAAUUUCCAAUCGAGAGGAGAAAAGAAAGUGCGGGACAAAAAAAAGAAGAGAAGCGUAGUGCGGACAAGUAAACCCAGUCGAAAACCCACGGAUUAAGUGGUCUGCUGUGCGAAUUAAGCCCAUCUAACGGUGAACCUUUCGGCCAAUAGUCCAAAUUAAGCCUCCUGCCCCCAGAAUUUAGUCCAGCGAGCGACGCCCCCACCAACAAAAGCUUCUUCAUGAUGUCGUCGGAUCAACAAUUCUUUCUGAAAUGGAACGAUUUUCAAACGAAUAUGGUGACCUCGUUCCGUCACUUGCGCGACGAGAAGAGCUUCACAGAUGUUACACUCGCCUGCGAGGGCCAAACCUGCAAAGCUCACAAAAUGGUGCUUUCGGCUUGUAGUCCCUAUUUCAAAGCGCUAUUAGAGGAAAACCCAUCGAAGCACCCGAUUAUUAUCCUGAAAGAUGUCUCCUACAUCCACCUACAGGCUAUACUGGAGUUCAUGUACGCCGGCGAGGUGAACGUGUCCCAGGAACAGUUGCCAGCAUUUCUUAAGACCGCCGAUCGCCUCAAAGUGAAAGGCCUGGCAGAGACACCGAGUUCAAUAAAGCGGGAGGGUUGAUGGUAUUAAACAAUAAACAAACAAAACAAAAAAUACAUAAAAAUAACAACAACUAUAAGAAACUUAUAUGUAUGCAAGAAAACAAAAUUCCAACCAGAGAUGAAAGAGAAAACAUAACGAGAACGACAUUUGGUAUACAAAUUCAUGUAAGAGUACACUAGGAGGAAGAACACCAACAGACAACCACACAAAGCUGACAGAUAUAAAUGAUUAGCCUGUAAAGUAAAGGUGGUGGCCGAAUCCACCCGCCCACUCCCACACCCACUCAUUCACAUCUGACCUUCCGAUUUGCAAAACAACACUUACCGACGCCCCCCACAGAACUUGAUUUGAAUUUUGUAUUCGUUUGAUUUCUGCAUAAAAUAGUUUGUAAUAUAUUAUUAACAACUCAAGAAACGAAACACACCACUCUGUAUAAAUGAAACGAUAUGGACAGCCCCUAAACAAAGCAAAGCAAAACAAAACAAAAAACGAACUUUUGUAAAGUAAUUAAAGAGGAUUCAUUAAAAAUAUAUAAAGAUAAUUAUAAAUAUAGUGUGAAAUGUGCAAGUAGAAGGAAAAAGCCACAAUGGGCGCGAAUAUUACAACACAUUCGGUUAGUUUUUAAGCCACUAACUACAACCCCAGACAUGCCACGCCUACAGACAGACAAAACUCAUUUUCAUCUAUACUUAAACAAUAAAAUAGAAACAAAUGCAAAA